AUGGGGAAUUACAUCUCGUGCGCGUUCAUCACGCCGCCGUCGAUGAAGAGCUCGAGGGUCGCGAGGGUCAUCUUCCCUGGCGGGGAGAUCAAGCAGUUCCGCGAGCCGGUCAACGCGGCCGAGCUCAUGCUGGAGUGCCCGAGCCACUUCCUGGCGAGCUCCCGGUCCCUGCACGUCGGGCGGCGGUUCUCCGCGCUCGGCGCGGACGAGGAGCUGGAGCUCGGGGACGUCUACAUCAUGUUCCCCAUGAGGAGGGUGAACUCCGUGGUCGCGGCCGGCGACAUGGCCGUGAUGCUCAUGGCCGCGAGCUCGGGCCCGAAGAGGAUAUCGGGGGCUAAGGUGGUCCGGGUGUCGCCCGAGGGAGCCGGAGCCGGAGCCGCCGCCGAGGCAAAGGCAGAGGACGAGACGAGGCCGAGGCUAGAAGAAGUCGAGGGGUUUCCCUUGGCGGAGUACAGCCAUAGGCUGGCCGUGUGCAGGUCGAGGAGGCCAUUGCUGGAGACCAUCAAGGAGGAGGCUGUUCUUUCAAGGUGA